AUAUUGCUACUCGCACUAAAUGGACCUAUCUUUUAACUAGACGUGAUUCUGCUAGUGUGGCUAAAGGAUUUGUGAAACUUUUUAACUCCCAAAUAUGUCCAAUUAUUUGGUCUAAAGUUAAAGUUUUAAUGGUAGAUAGGGGUGUAGAAUUCCAAGGUAAUAUCAUCAUACUAAUGAACGAACAUGGUAUUCAAAUUCAACUAGCUAAUUCUAAAGAAUCUAUAGGUAUUAUUGAGAGAUUUAAUCGUACACUUCAAGAAUGA